AUGCGUGUACUCGCUGCGGUGUUAGCUCUUGCAGCUGUGGCCUCUGCAGUGCCCAGGGUUCGACGUCAGACAGAGCCACAGGUAUACUGUAACAACAAGAGGGAUGUAUGUGUCCCUUAUUACCUGUGCAGGGACGGAAUAGUUACAGAUGGAAUAGUCUAUAUCGAUAUCAGAAUCAAGCCUCGACUCGGCGGGAACAACACAGAGGCCACGAGGUCUGCAACCCCAGAGCCCGCGAGGUCUUCAGCCACGGAGUUCAUUUCGGAGUGCCCAAGCUUCCUCGACGUCUGCUGCACCGACCCCACCCGCAAACCCCCCCCUCCCCCGAAGUACGUGGCCCAGUGCGGCAGACGGAAUGAAGAGGGAGUCAACGCCCGCAUUGUUGAUUUCCCCGCCAACCAGGCGCAGUUCGGCGAAUUCCCAUGGAUGGCUGCGGUGCUAAGGACAGAAUACUCGGAGGAUAAUGUGGAAGAAAAGCACUACGUCUGCGGCGGCUCUCUCAUCCACCCUCAGGUUGUUCUCACGGCCGCCCACUGCGUCUACAACAUCAACCCAACCACCCUCAACGUCCGCCUUGGGGAAUGGGACACCCAGAAAGCUUAUGAGCUCUACCCACACCAGGACCGCAACGUCGGCUACGUCGUCACCCACCGCGAGUUCAAUCCCACCAAUCUCUUCAACGAUUUCGCUCUCCUCUUCCUCGACUCCCCCGUGGAACUCGCACCUAACGUGGACACUGUCUGCCUCCCUGAACAAGGAGAGAUAUUCGAUGGGUCCUACUGCUGGGCUACUGGCUGGGGCAAGGAUAGGUUCGGGAAGGAAGGAGUGUUCCAGAACGUCUUGAAGGAGGUUGAGCUCCCCGCCGUUAGCCAGUACGACUGCCAGGAAUCCCUUCGCACAACCAGGCUUGGAAAACUUUUCAAGCUGCACCCAUCCUUCACAUGCGCAGGCGGCGUCGCCGGCGUCGAUACUUGCACAGGAGAUGGAGGAUCUCCCCUCGUGUGCAAGGGCCUGGGUAACAGCUACGUCCAAGCAGGUAUCGUGGCUUGGGGCAUCGGCUGUGGAGAGGACAAUGUUCCUGGCGUCUAUGCCAACGUGCCUGGUUUCGUCAACUGGAUCAAGAAUAAUGUAAACACCAUCCUCCUACAAGAGUUCAACUAUGACAACGCCAACUAUUGGUAAAUAAUGCGAAGCAAAUGUCAAGGCACUAUAUCGCUGCACCGAUCCAUCAAGACGCUUAACCUUGUGGCGGCAGAGCCAAGAAGGCCCUGCGUCGAGGUUACUGAAAAAUUGAUUCUAUUUAUCGAGUCUAUUUAUACCAUUACAUUUUUUGAUAUUAAACAAAUAUCUUACAUUAA